UUCAAAAAAAUUCAUUCAUCCAAUUUACAUUCAAAAUUAUCAGUUCCUUUUUUCAUAAGCGUAAAAUUCCAUCAACAUGUCGUUCAUUUCCAAGUUUUACUAUUCAAAAUACCUCACGAAAAAUUCCUAUCCGAAAUUCCUGUUCGUUCGAAAUUAUGCCGAGAAAAAUCCAAACAAAUUGAAACCGCAACAAGCGGAUUUUAAUCCGAGAUCCAGACGCCCACCACAACCACCAAAACCCAAAAUGGAUCCAGUAAAAAUAAUAAACCUAAUUGGAACUUUUACAAUUGUGUCAAUAGUGUUGAUAUCUUACCUCGUCGUAAAGAAAACUCAGAAAAUGAAAAGCGACGAAAUUAUCAUGAGAGAGUUUUUGGGAAAAAAUAUUGUGCUUGAUCCGAAUGUAGCGUUGCAGAAUCAAAAUUCGGGGGAAGACAAUAAUUUUGAUUUGGAAAAUUUAGGCAAAGAAGAAACUUCGUAUAACAUUCCAUUUACACAAAGUGCUACUGAAAUGGUACAAUUAAAACGUCCUUAAUAAUAAUUGCAAAUAAAGGAAAUUUCUUAAUAUUUAUAUAUCUUGUUAUUUUGAAAUCAUUGACACCAUUUCAAUGUUAAGAGGGAUAUCCUUUGCAAUAGAACAUUCCUAAAAUUUCUAACAUAAUAAUAUGUCCUUUUUGUGUCAAAUGGAAUAAUUUAAAUAAUAUUUAUCAUUUCCAGUCGAUAAUUAUUUACUUUCCUUAGAGGAUAUUACAUACAGAAAUUAGAUAAAGAUAAUAUGUGGGGUACUUUUAUAAUCUGCGGAUGUAUUAAUAGGAUUAUUAGUUGUAAUAAUUAUUCUGUCGAUUGCUUGGGUUGUGCUGAUCUGGAUUUAGUUAAAAA